AUGGCGCUCGAUACCUUCUACCAUAACAAGAUCGAGUCGAUGAAGCUGGAGAUAAUACAGGGCCAAGCAGUUCUCCGCCGUCUCGAAGCCCAGCGAAAUGACUACAACUCGAGAGUGCGGUUACUGCGAGAAGAGCUUGGUCUUCUGCAGCAGCCUGGCUCGUAUGUCGGCGAGGUCGUGAAGGUUAUGGGCACCAAGAAAGUCCUUGUAAAGGUGCAUCCCGAGGGCAAAUACGUCGUCGACAUAUCUGACAACGUGGACAUCGCCAAACUCACCGUUGGAAAGCGCGUCACAUUACUGAGCGACUCAUACAAGCUGGAGAAGAUGCUCCCAUCAUCCGUCGACCCACUCGUCUCUCUGAUGAUGGUAGAAAAGGUCCCCGACAGUACCUACGACAUGAUUGGUGGCCUGGACCAGCAGAUCAAGGAAAUCAAGGAGGUUAUUGAGCUUGGUCUGCAACAUCCCGAACUGUUCGAGUCUCUCGGUAUCGCACAACCGAAGGGUGUGCUGCUCUACGGACCGCCUGGAACAGGAAAGACGCUGCUAGCCCGUGCCGUAGCGCAUCACGCCGACUGCAAAUUCAUUCGCGUGUCUGGUAGCGAGCUGGUGCAGAAAUACAUCGGUGAGGGUAGCAGAAUGGUUCGAGAGCUGUUCGUUAUGGCUCGAGAGCAUGCACCCAGCAUCAUCUUCAUGGAUGAAAUCGACAGUAUCGGCUCAAGCCGAGUGGAGGGUAGUUCUGGUGGUGAUUCGGAGGUGCAGCGGACCAUGUUGGAAUUGCUCAACCAGCUGGACGGCUUCGAGCCCACGAAGAACAUCAAGAUCAUCAUGGCUACCAACCGACUCGACAUUCUUGACCCUGCUCUUCUACGACCUGGACGAAUUGAUCGAAAGAUCGAGUUCCCGCCGCCAUCAGUCGAAGCCCGUGCGGAUAUUCUGCGCAUUCAUUCCCGAAGCAUGAACUUGACGCGUGGUAUCAACCUCACCAAGAUUGCGGAGAAGAUGAACGGUUGCUCAGGAGCCGAGCUCAAGGGUGUAUGCACAGAGGCUGGUAUGUACGCGUUGAGAGAGAGGAGAGUACACGUCACGCAGGAGGACUUUGAUCUCGCGACUGCAAAGGUGCUCAAUAAGCACGACGACAAGGCGACCAGUCUCAGCAAGCUCUGGAAGUAA